CAAAGACCAAAAGCCAACAAGUAGUUUCUCCAUCAUCAUCUCCUCUUCUUCUUCUUCUUCUUCCUCGUUGUUCUUUCUAAAUCAUUGCCAAUUCAAAGAGAGAUUGGUAACUAACUAGUAACAUAUAUAGUAUGUUCAUGGCCAAGCAAUUAAGGCCAAUUAUCCGGAGAUUACCGGAGACGAUAAUGACCGGAGAAAGAGCAGCUUUAGGUGGCGCAAGCUCAACUCCGGCGAGCCCAUUAGAGCGUGACUCACAGUUGUUGAAAGGGUGGAGGAAUAGGGAAGCUGAUGGUGUUGGGUUAGGCAUCUUGGCUGCUUUGGAUAAGGCCAGUGGCAGCGAGGCUUGUCGGAGAUUUAAUGUAUCAGCUCCGGUGACCAUUGGUGGUGGUGACCGGAGAAGUGGUAGUAGACUUAGAGGGUGUUUGGAGGUGUCUGAGGUGGGGUCUCCGGCAAUGGAUUUCCUCAGUUGUUGUUAUCUCUGCAGGAAAAGGUUGCAUGGAAAAGAUAUAUACAUGUAUAGAGGGGAGAAGGCGUUUUGCAGUGUGGAGUGUAGGUAUAGGCAGAUUGUGAAUGAUGAAUGCAAGGAGAAAUGUGGGUCUGAGGUGUCGAAGGUGGCGCCGGAGAUGGUGAGCUCACCGUGCUCCGGUGGGCGCUUGUUCUUCACCGGUGUAGUAGCAGUGUGAUGCAUCACUAAGAAGAUGGUGAUCUCCAUGAGAACUGAGUUAAUUAGGAAAGGAUGAAAUCUGGCUUCCUUGUAUGAAAAUGCGGCAGAUAGUAACAAACUUUGUAUACCAACAUAUAUGAAAUUAGUAAGAGGGAAAAUUUUGGAUUGAUGAGCAAGUGUUUUUGA